GACGUCACGUCGGCAGUUCUGGAUUUCGAGAGAAUCUGGUCUAGGACUUAUUAAUUUGUAUCGCAUAAUUUCUUAUGAUCUAUGCUAAAUCCAACUUUAAAUUCCUUUUGUGGAAGUCUAGUUAGAAAUAGAAAUUACAUUAAGAAUAUAGAUUUAUCUAAAGGUCCCGUAAUAAGGGAGGAUAACGUCGGAGAAGGAGACGUAAGCGUCGGCAGACUAUCGUAGUCGGUUAUCUCCGUCGCCAUUGACAUCAAGAACUAACAGUUUUAUCGUUAUUAAGGUGUUGGUUACUAGUAAUGCAGUUGUAAGGUUAUGGUGGUGGUGCUGGAGGUCGGUUGUGGUGAAACCAUGGGCUUGUAUUUGUGUGGCGCUGGGUGCCAGUGACCAGGGACAUGCCGAGCAUCCAUGAGACUAUUGAGUCUGAUGAGAGCUUCUCUUCUCUCUCUGACGCUGAACAAGAAGAAGGCCAGGACCAUGACCAACAGCCAAGCCACAGCACUGCCACUGUCUCUCCAACAGUGAGGAGGCCAAAGAAUCAUCACCGAGAAAAAGAUAAAGAAGAAGCACAACAGGGAGGAUCUCGGGGAUCCCCCCGAGACUCCAGUAAUCCCCGGGAGCCUCGGGCUCUUGUUGAAUAUUCUGACGUAAGUUCAGAAGAAUUCUCAGAGCCAGAGGCUGGUGAGAUCACAGAUAGUCCUAGUCAGAGCCCUGUUAUAAGCCCUCGGUACGGUCGCCAGCGUCCUCGAUCACCAGCUCGGUCGGCAAGACCUAGUCCCCGUCACAGCCCUGCCCCAGCUACCUACGGUACCAGCCUAAGCCGAAGUCCAUCCUACGCUCCCAGAUCAACACCUCCAAGACCCCCUCGUGAGCCACUACACAGUGACGGAGAAGUUGGAGCAUCUCCUACGUCUUCACAUCACACGCCCCUAAGCUCCAGACCUCUGGUACCAUAUCCAGUGGUCAUGUCCCCUGACCGUCGUACUUUAGAUACUCGUGGGGAGUACUAUCGUUCUAGGGAUCCGUAUCAUCAUGCACGCACACCAUCUGAGUCAGAAAGAGAUCAUUCUCGUAUUCGUAAGAAGGAACACAAAAAAGAAAAGAAGAGAAAACAUGAAAAGAAACGUAAAAGAUCUGAGAGAUCUCAUAGUCCAGUUUUGCACAAGAAAAAGAAAAAGAAAAGUAAACACAAAUCUCGUAGUGGAAGUCCAGAAUUUGAAGAGGAAGGUGUAGGUGAUGGUAGUGUUAGUUCCGAAGAUGACAUGUCAGAACCAAUUGUAGUUAAAUGUGUUCCUAGAGUUGCUCCUAGUCAUGACCCUAGAUCAGCAGGUGCACCAUCUAGGCCAAGGAAUCGUGGUGAGGAACCCAGUCCAGUUAGUUCUCAUGAUGAUGAAGUUAUACAUACUCCACCACAACCUGUUCCUGAAACAAAUCAUACUCGUAGCAAUGAGCUUCGGAGAACACCACCACAUAUUGCUCAUCAUAGAUCCAGAGAGCGCACUCCUACUCAUAGGUCACCACACAGAUCACCACAUACGCCCAGCCCGCCUCGCCACCGUAGUGCUCGACAUGCUACCCCACCUCCACCGCCUCAGCCUCCAUCUGCAAGCAAGAGUUAUGACCGCUCUGGCCGAAGUCAUCAUGUAAGUCCCCGCAGACCAUCAACACCCCCUCUUCCAAGUCAGAGGCGAGGCAAUAUGACUCCACCACCCAGAAACUCUCCGAGAAGGGCAGCUCCCCAUCGAGGCCAUACCCCACCUCCACCUUACGGCAGGAAGCGCUCCAGGUCUUGCAGUCCAGUUCAAUAUGUAGAGACUCCACCUCACACCAGCAGCAGAUAUUAUGGAGUUGCAUCAAGCUCUCGCAAAGAGGAGAAGAAGAAAAAGAAAAAGGACAAAGACAGGGAGUAUCAUUCUCAUGGAAGGAGAAGCAGAAGCAGGAGUCGCAGCCCAAGUAGAAGUCGCAGCAGAAGCCGUGGCCAAUCACCAAGGCGAAGGCGUUCAAGAAGUGGAAGUCGGAGUCCUGGACGUAGACGUGGUGACAGGAGCCAUAGACGAUCAUCCCCAGGACGUGGUGGAACACGACAUACACCUCCACGUCGCACACCACCCCGUGCUGCAGCUGAUCGCCUGGCACAUGAGAACAACAUGAGUUCGACAAGCCUUUUUGCUGAAUUAGUCAAGAGUAGGAAGAAUAGAGAACGCAUCAAACAGUUAAUGACAAAGGAAGGCGAAAAGCCAGAGAAAGGAAAAGAAAAUGUUGAACCAGAAGGCGGUGGUUCUGCUUCUGGACCAGAUACCCCUGGACCCACAGCAUCAGCAGCAAGUAUUCCUAAUGGUGCUGCUAAAAAUGACACAAAUGCUGCAGUGGACCAGGAAGAAAUAUCUAAUCCAUCAUCCCAUUCAGAACAAGAAAGUGCCAGUAAUUCUGUAAUUAAAAUAGACUUUAAGAAAGUGUCUGUGCCAACAAGCUUGACUAAGCUGCCAAUGCCACCAGGGAUCAACCUUGAAGACAUUGAUUCUCCAACUUCUCCAAGCACACCGCCUGAGUCCAAGCCUGCAAGACUUAGUAUUACCAAGGACCUCCCAAUGCCUCCAAUGAUAGAAGGAACUGAAGAAUUGUCACCAGAUGAUGAUGCAAUGAGUACACCACCACUUGCAAGAAGUGGCCCACCUAAACCUCGUCCUAAUUUGGUCAGGCCAAAAAUCCUGAAUGCAAAACGACAAGACCGUACCUGUCUUGAAGACUGGAGUGAAAGAUGUGUUGAAGUCUUUGAUAUAAUAGCCCAGAUUGGAGAGGGUACCUAUGGGCAAGUGUACAAGGCAAGGGCAAAGGAUAAGAAGAAUGAUGAAAUGGUUGCCUUGAAAAAAGUAAGGUUAGAGAACGAGAAAGAAGGUUUCCCUAUUACUGCUGUACGAGAAAUCAAGAUCUUGAAGCAGCUGAAUCACAAGAAUAUUGUAAAUUUAAAGGAAAUAGUAACAGACAAGCAAGAUGCUGUUGAUUUCCGACAUGACAAGGGUUCAUUUUACUUAGUUUUUGAAUACAUGGACCAUGACUUGAUGGGACUGUUGGAAUCUGGCAUGGUAGAGUUCACAGAACAGCACAAUGCCUCUAUUAUGAAGCAGCUUCUGAAUGGUCUUAGCUAUUGCCACAAGAAGAAUUUUCUUCACAGGGACAUUAAAUGUAGCAAUAUUCUAAUGAACAACAAAGGUCAAAUCAAACUGGGUGAUUUUGGUCUUGCAAGAUUAUUUAGUUCAAACAAAGAACGUCCAUACACAAACAAGGUUAUUACUUUGUGGUACCGCCCACCGGAGUUGCUCCUUGGAGAAGAACGUUAUGGCCCAGCAAUAGAUGUGUGGUCCUGUGGAUGUAUCCUAGGAGAAUUAUUCCAAAAGAGACCACUCUUUCAGGCUAGCACAGAAGCUAUGCAACUAGAUGUAAUAUCACGAGUUUGUGGAACACCAUCGCCAGCUGAUUGGCCUGAUAUUGUGAAACUUCCUGGAUGGGGCACAAUGAAGCCUAAAAAAACCUACCGUAGAAGAAUAGUGGAUGACUUUAGAGACAAGAUGCCCACACCAGCCUUGGAUCUUUUAGACCAAAUGUUGAAGCUAGACCCCUCCAAGAGGAUCAGUGCUGAGAAUGCCUUGAAUGGAGGUUGGCUUAAAAGUGUUGAUCCUGAGCUCAUGGAACCACCACCAUUACCCAAGUACCAAGAUUGCCAUGAAUUAUGGAGCAAGAGAAGAAGACGUCAGUUGAAGGAGCAGCAAGAAGCUGCAUUAGGUGUUGGACCACCAGGCCUUCCUGGAAAAGGAAUGGGCAUUGGAGUUGGUCCGCCUGGUUAUUCUGGGGUUCAUAAGGAUCAGCGCUCAAUGUAUAGAGGCGGCCCUGAAGAUGGUAACCUUGAUGGCAGACGAUAUGACUCCAAUAGUGGAGAGGGCUACUUAAAUAAUAGCUUGCCUACCUCUCGUAGUAAUUCCCCUGGACCCCCAUCAUUACAUUACCAGAGCCAGGGGUCACAUACACCACCUGGAACAGGGGCAGGAGAUAGUCUGACUCCACCACAAGCAGGUCACCGUUAUAAUACUCCUCCAGUGACACAUGAUGAGGGUCAUCCUCUUUACCGACCACUCUACCACAUAGCUCACCUAAUAAAUACAAGACAAACUGUUGUAUUUGGUCAGUUAGCAGCACUAAUGAGUGACCAACUGGAUUUGGGCAUUCGUCGCCUCCUUGAACGUCUAAAUGCAGCAGUCCUAUUAGCUGCCACAACGAGAGAGAGAAGACUACGAGGAGAUAGUAACUCGCUUGAAGUAAAAGAUGUGUCUUUAGAACCAAAUGAGCCUAUUAUCACUCCUGCUGGAUUGUUUGGAGGAGAUGGAGAAAUGGGGCUUUUAUCAGAGGGUGUUCGUGAGGCUUUGGUGCAGCUGAUGGCACUCUUCAAUAUUCCUGUCUCUGGCUUGACUCCAGGACCUAUGCCCCCACUUAGAGGUCAGACAGGUCCUCACCCUGACCACAGCCACCGAUACAAUAACUCAGGUCGUGUUACAUGACCGUCUUCCCCCAAGUUUUAGGAUGUCACUCAAGGCUCAGGUUUGGUAAAUAAUGAACUGAUUAAUAGAUUGUUUAUAGUAAAAAUAAAAUUUUAAGUUGAAAGUGAAAUUUUAAGUUGAUUUAUGUCCAUUACAAGGUAUUUCAUAUGUAUAGCUGAUGUAAGAUUGUUUAUAGUAAAUAUGAAAUUUUAAGUUGAUUUAUGUCCAUUACCAAGUAUUUCAUAUGUAUAGCAGAAGAUGUAAAUGGAUUAAAGAUGGAACACCAUAAGAAAUAGGGAUGUCAUUAAUUGGUUGGUAUAUAUUUGCUGUGAGGCAUUGAAGCUUUACUGCACCCAACCAAGUACCCCUUCUCAAUUCCUCUUCCCUUCUGCUUAAUUGUGUUGUGCCACAACCACCUGAACAGCCAUCACUGAUACCUAAAGGAGUGAUGGAGUGUGUAAAGUUGAUAGCAAAAGACCUUGCUUUUAUGGGCAUUCAGGAAACAUUGAUGUGAAAUUACUUAUAUGAGGAUUGAGAAGGUUACAGAAGAAUUGUUCCAUUCUGAGCAAGGACAGCAGGUUAGUGGUGAGUGACAUAACCUCUCCUAUGCAUUGGUUACAGUCACAGGAGAUACUGUCAUAACAUUCCGUAAAGCCUUCAAGUUUCAUUUGUGAAAAAUGAUAAUGACCAAAUACUUCAACAGUUUAUGAGUGAGCUUGAGUGGUGUUGACCUUUAGUGUCUUGUAGGACAUCACUGCUGUCCUGGAACAAAUGGUCUGAUGCCAGGCAAUGACACUUGUCAGGCUGUUCAAUCUGUGAUGUGUAUUAUAACUGUAAAAAUAAAUUAUGCACCUCCUUUAUUCUGCAGUUCCUCAGUUUUAGCUGUUUUGAUCCUGAGGUGUGCAGGUUGUUACUGCAAGUUCUGUAGAAUUACCGAGAUUUUUUUGUCUAUAGUCCAUGGUGUACCAUUGGUUUGUAAUGGUAACUUUUGUAUAAAUAAAAUGAAUGUAAAAUAAAA